AUGACGAUCAGCAAAAGAGUAGUUUUAAUCGACAAUUACGAUUCAUUUACAUGGAAUAUCUACGAGUAUUUGUGUCAGGAGGGAGCUGAGGUAUUGGUUUAUCGUAAUGAUAAGAUUAGUGUUGAGGAAGUGGAGGCAUUGAAGCCAGAUAUUGUGAUGAUUUCGCCUGGGCCAGGCCAUCCUAAGACGGAUUCUGGAAUUUCGCGGGAGUGUAUCAGGUAUUUCUGUGGUAAGGUGCCUGUUUUUGGUGUUUGUAUGGGUCAACAGUGUAUGUUUGAUGUGUUUGGUGGUGAGAUAAGCUUUGCUGGAGAAAUUGUCCAUGGUAAGACGUCGCCUAUUUACCACGAUGGGAAGGGUUUCUUUAGAAGGGUUCCGCAGGGAGUUGCUGUUACUAGGUACCAUUCGCUAGCGGGCACGAAGGAGACGCUUCCCGACGUGUUGGAGGUUACAGCCAGGACGGAGAAUGGGAUUAUCAUGGGUGUGAGACAUAAGAAGUACACUGUGGAAGGUGUUCAGUUCCAUCCGGAAUCUAUUCUCACUGAGAGCGGGCAUCAAAUGAUCAAAAAUAUUCUUGAAGUGACGGGGGCCACCUGGGAAGAAAAUGAAGCGAAUCUGAGGGCCAAGGCUGUGGAUGCGAAUGUCAGUGGAGGUAAGUCCAUCUUGGACACGAUUUAUGAAAAACGUCGUGUCGACGUGCAACAGCAGUCUUCUACUCCGGGUUUCCGUCUUGUGGAUUUAGAGACAAACUACAAGCUAGGUUUGGCCCCACAGGUGCAAGAUUUCUACCAGAGAUUGCAGAGUGCUACUCAAAACAAAAAAACUGCUGUGUUGGCCGAAGUAAAGAGGGCAUCUCCAUCCAAGGGCGAUAUCGACUUGAGUGUUGUUGCUUCUGAACAAGCCUUGCAAUAUGCCGGUGCUGGUGCUGCGGCGAUUUCCGUAUUAACUGAGCCUCAUUGGUUCAAAGGUUCCAUUGAGGAUUUGAGAUCUGUUAGAAGGGCUCUUGACGUGAAGUUCAAGGGUAACGAAGCCAACAGACCAUGUGUAUUGCGGAAGGAAUUCAUUUUCUCCAAAUACCAAAUCUUAGAGGCCAGACUUGCGGGUGCCGAUACAGUGCUCUUGAUUGUGAAGAUGCUCAACGAUGCCUUGUUAAAGGAAUUGUACGAUUAUGCCAAGGAGCUACAUCUAGAGCCACUUGUUGAAGUUAACUCAUCUGCAGAACUAACACGUGCAUUGAGUAUCGGAUCUAAGGUUAUUGGUGUCAAUAACAGAGAUUUGCACUCUUUCAACGUGGAUCUAAGUACAACAUCUAGUUUGGUUGGACAAGUCCCAGAGGGUACGUUAUUGAUCGCCCUAUCUGGUAUUACAGUAGCGUCUGACGCUGAUCAGUAUAAGAAGGAAGGGGUUCAUGGCGUUCUUGUCGGGGAAGCUUUGAUGAGAGCUGAAUCUGUAGAUACCUUCAUUCAAGAACUUAUUAACUAA